UGGUCCAGGUUGAGGGCUGCGGCUCCGUGGAGGAAUUCCUGAGGGGAAAGGAAGGGGAGGAGGAAGGAAGAUUCGGAGUGGUGAUGGGGCUCCUGAAGCAGGAGUUAACCAAAGACACCUGGAAGCGUAACCCUGCCUCCAAAGACGUGUUCUCCUGGGCUCUGCUCCGCGUCAGCCGGCCCUGGCUGUGCCCACACCUGGAGCGGGUCCUGCCGCCCGCGCUGCUCCUCUCCGAUGACUUCCAGGAGGAGAACAAAGUGCUGGGAGUGCGCUGCCUGCACCACAUCGUCCUCAACGUGCCAGGAGCAGAUCUGUGCCAGUUCAACAGGGCCCAGGUGGUGUUCCACGCCCUCUACAACCACCUCUACUCACGGGAGGCCCCUCUCAUCCAGGCAGUGCUGCUGUGCCUGCUGGACCUGCUGCCCAUCCUGGAGCGAUGCCAGCGGCAGCAGGGCCAUGGCAGAGCCACGGCCCCCUGGGACCAGGUGCUGCAGCUGGUGCUGAUCCACAUGGAGGCCGAGCAUCGGCUGGCGCUGCGCAGGGUCUACGCAGGGACCCUGCCCGCCUUUGUCACCAGACUCGGCAUCCUCAUCGUCAGGCACCUGAAGAGGCUGGAGCGAGUCAUCCUGGGCUACCUGGAGGUGUCUGAUGGCCCCGAGGAAGAGGCCAGACUGGGAAUCCUGGAGACUCUGCAGUGCACCAUAGAGCACGCCUGGCCCAGGAUGCCCUGCAGGCUCCCCGUGCUCCUCAAGGCCCUGCUGAGGCUGCUCUGGGACGUUCACACAGAGCGGGGCCCGACACCCGAGCCCGUCAGAGCUGCCCUGCUCCACAGGGCCACCCAGUGCCUGAUCCUGCUGGACCGCUGCUCCCAGGGCCAGGUGAAGGUGCUGCUGGAAGGGGUGCACAGCAGCUGCGAGGAGAACCGCGUGCGGGAAUGCCUCAGGAAGGUGCAGGAGAGCACCUGAGGUGCUGACACUGCUCACCCCCUUUGGUACAAUAAAACUUGUAUUUAUUUAA